UUUACAGAAAAAGUCACCACAAUAUCAACUUGCAUUGCAACUAUGAAUGUGUGACUCUGCUACUAGAAACAAUUUGUACUGAUGUUACAUUUUUCUUUAAAGGAAAACCUAUGAAUGAGUCCCAGGAGGCCAGACACACAAAGUCCAACAUCGAGUUGGACUGGACUUUAGCAGAGUUUCAAAAUUUUAUUUGCCAAAGCUACCCUCACAUAAGGCUACGUUUGGUAGACUUUCAAUUGGCCAGAGCAGGCAAAGGUCGCAGGAUGAAAAUUCUACAUGUGAGUUCAGUGCGGGAGCUAAAAGCAGCAGUGGGUAAAAGCCGCAUUUACAUUGUACCUCAAGCCAAUGUCUUGCAGGUGACAUCCACACCUGCCAUUUCAACAACUGCAGAUGAGACUGCUCAAGUGGAAAAUGUGGUUUCAGACCAGGCUCUCCAAGAAUGGCGAGCAGUGCGAGCCAAUCAAGAGCAAGAGUAUAAUGAAAGCUUGUUGGUGGAUCAGGAGAUGGAGUUGAAGAGACUGGCUUAUCAGGCCUGUGCAGCAAGUCGCCAAAAGAUGUUGUUUGACUUUGUUGGACAAGAUGAUAUUGCCAAUGAAAUCUUUGUGGUUCAGGAGGCCACAUCAUCAAAAUCAAUCGAGAGUACUUCCUCUGGGUCAAUCAUGGAUCACGGAAUACAAUCAUCCGCAGUUCUAUAUGUGUUGUGGUUCUCUACUGAGGAUGUACAGACAUAUCUUUCAGAUCAACAAAAUGAUAGCACUCAUGGCCUACACCACACAUCUCUCUGUCAGUCAUUGUCUGAGCCUUCCACCCAGCCGAUGCCCGAUGUGCCCUCUCUUCGCCUGAUGCCCACCUCUCCUCAGCCAGCUAUCGCUGUGCCCGCUCACGAGCCAAUGCUCGAUGUGCCCUCUCUUCGCCUGAUGCCCACCUCUCCUCAGCCAAUGCCUGCUGUGCCCACUCCCCAGCUGAUGCCCACUGUGCCCUCCUCUCAGCCAUCGCUUUUUGAGUCUUCCACUCAAGCACUGGUCUCUGAGCCUUCUGUUGUGCCUCUAUCACCUUGGAACUCAUACUCUGAAGAAAUCUUUAAUUUUCAUGAAUAACCAUCACUCCCUCCUUCAUCUUUCCAGGAACCAAUUGUUAUUGAAGAUGAGACAGUUGCCCAAAAUCUGUCUCCUACAUCGACCAAUCGCAUCAAAGGGGGACCUGUGGAUGAGUAUUUUUUUUUUUUUUUUUUUGUUUAUCAGCUUGACUUUAUAUGGUUUCUGUAUGUACGUGUAUGUUUCCCCUUUGUAUAUAUCCUAAAAGGCUACACUUAACUAAAGUAAGCAUGAUCACAGUCUAAGUCUUCAUAUUUAGUAUAUGAAUAAAACUCAUGAAAUUAUUUUGGUUGCAGGAUUGCUCUACAGAUCAUAUUGAAAAAACUGGUCAGCCAAGUUGAUGGAGACUUGUGUCCUACCAGCAACCAAAUAAAUGUGUGUCGGAAUAAUGUUUUAAUGUGUAGCCUGCGAGCUUUCAAAAGGAGGAGUUUCAACCCUGAAGCUAAACUGGAUGUAGUGUUCGUGGAUGAAGAUGACAAUGGUGAGGGGGCAGUUGAUGAAGGGGGUCCAACAAGAGAGUACCUAAGGCUAUUGAUGAGAGCCAUCCACCAGUCAAACAUCUUUGAGGGACAUGAGAAAGACCGGCAGUUGUGUCUUGAUACUCAAGCUUUGCAGACUUCACUGUACGAAUGGGCUGGGAAAAUGAUAGCUCUGUGUGUCAUCCACGGAGGAGUUGGGCCUCACUUCUUCUCUGAAAGGCUGUACCAGCAAAUCUGUGGGUUAUCAACACCUGCAGCCACAGUGAAUGAAGUUGGUGACCACACAUUUAGGGAACAGUUAAUCAAGGAAGCAAAAACAGUCCAGGAGCCAAACGAUGCGAUUGCAGAGGCAGCAGACAGUCUCAGCAUUAUAGGUGCAUUGAGACAUGUGUCCAGCAUGGAGGAGAAGGAUUCCCUUGUUCAGUCAGCUGCAGACUUCUUUGUAAAUGGAAGAUUGGCGAGUGCCCUGGACCCGUUUGUUGAAGGGUUAAGAACCCUUGGCUUACUGGAGGAGCUGAAAAAGAAUCCAGCUGUGUUCUACGACAAGUUUGUCAGUCAGGAGAAGCCGUUACAAGCGAAGGACCUAUGUACUCUGUUUUCUGUGGAUUUCUCUGUGCAGGGCAGCAACAGGAGAAUCGGCGAAAACACGACAAUAUGCUAUUGGCAUCACUGGUUGAUUGACGUUGAAGAAGGAGAAUGCAGUCCACUCACCCUUGAGAAUGUAUUGGAGUUUACGUCUGGAGCCUCAACGGUGCCUCCACUGGGAUUCCACACCAUCCACAGAUUCAGUUCCUUCAUGAGGGCAAUAGAGUGUUUCCAGAAGCAAACACAUGCAGUCUUGUUCUCCGCCUGCCUAUUCACUCUUCCUAUGAGGACUUCAGACAAUACAUGACAGAUGGAGUUUUGCAAGCUCCAAGCUUUGGACUUGCAUAAUGCGUGCCUUCUGUAAAAUGUAACUGAAGUGUGAGCCGGCACAAGGGGAUGUGGCAUUUAAUUUGUUUUUCGUUAUACCUUUGUUUGUUGUGCAUGUAUUUAUGGUUUAUUGGGUUUGUUUUGCAUGUAUUUAUGGUUUAUUGGGUUUGUUGUGUGUUUUUUGGGUUAAUUUGCAUGUUAAAUUAGUUGUUACCACCUACCUGCCAUUGCCGUGACUACCCUGAAUCACAUGUUUUUCCCCCAAUCACUGAGUCCCAGGCAUCAUUCUCAGCUGUGCAUGAUUGCAGCUGAAUGGGAGCAGCAGAGGGAGAGACACCGAGACCAGAGCAGCGGAGAGACACCAGGCCACAUUGCAACCGGGCUAAAGGGGCAGAAAGGCACACGCACGGGAGACCGCGAGCCCGUAAGUGUUACGACGUGAUUCACACGCAGCGGCAGGGAGAAGUCCCUGCCUGUCGUGUAAGUAUCGAGAGAGAGAGAGUAGUAGCACUUGGCGGACACGAGCUAAGCUAACGCUGUUGUCGUAUGAGAACGCAGACUGCCGCUUGUUGUUGUGUGUUUACCUAAGGGUUCCCAGCGUGCCAGAGGAGCGGCUCGCUGGGUAGAAGUCUGAGAUGAGUGAAGCGGCGUCGUGAGCUGACACACGUAAGGGCAGCGGUUUCCUUCACCUCUGGUGCGUGUGACCGAGGGGACCUCACCGACCUGGAUCGGAAGGCUGCCUGUAUCCCCAACUGCACUUUAGCCCCUCGGCUCAAGGACGGUGCCAUUUUUAGUUUGUUUUAAGUGAUUCUUAUUCGUAUCGUGUAUUUUUGGCCCAGUUGUUUUAUUGUAUUUUAAUGGACUUUUAGGAUAAAACUAUUUUUUUUUAUUCAUGGGCAUUUUUUAAAACUGGUUUUAAUUACAUUUUAUAUUAAAUCUUAAUGACUGCA